AUGGAGGCGUCGGCGGAGGAGCGGCGGCAGGUGGAGGAUCAGGUGGAGCGUCUGCUGAGCGGUCAGGGCUCAGAGGUCACCGGCUGCGACGUCGGUCUGGAGCAAAGCAAACCGGUAACUCUGAGGAAGAACGGGACCUACAUCGUCUGCGCCGUCAUCUUCAACGACAAGGAUGAGGUGCUGAUGGUGCAGGAGGCCAAGCAGGACUGUUAUAAGCAGUGGUACCUGCCUGCAGGAAGGGUGGAGGUGGGCGAGAGUCUGGAGGAGGCGCUCAGGAGGGAGGUGCAGGAGGAGGCGGGGUUUGAGUGUGAGCCAAUCAGCUUGCUGCUGAUCCAGGAACAGGGACCUCAGUGGAUCCGCUUCAUCUUCCUGGCCAAGAUCACAGGUGGGAGUCUGAAGGGUUUGGCGGCAGCAGAUCAGGAGUCUCUCCAGGCGUCCUGGUGGGACCGGCGCUCCGUCCUCCACCUGCGAGGACGAGACAUCCUCCGACUCAUCGACAGCGGACUCAAGUACCGUCAGGAUCCCUGGCAUCCCUCCACGCUGCCACAAGACCUGAGCUGCCGGCACGUCGUGCAGAGACUCGUCCUGGUGUUCGUUGGAGCUGAGGACCAGAUCUGGGUCCUGCUGAUCAGAGCCCCGGUGCUCCACCUCCCCACGGCGGCGGCGCUGAAGACCCACGCUGUGACCUGGGCAGCCAACAUGGUGGUGCAGGAAGCCAUGCCAUCGGCGUACUACGACCACGACGUCAACACGCUGGGCGUCUUCAGCCUGCAGCACAACGGCCGGCAGCACGGCCGGACAGACGGCGUCUGCUUCAAUACGCUGGUGGCGCUGGUUCCCAACCACGUCCAGCGCGACGAGGACGGGCAGAAGGUGGAGCCUCCAGCAGCAGGUCGGCCUCCGCCCGUGGAGAACCAGCGGUACACGUGGUUCGAAGUCCGAAAACAGACGCUGAGAGAGAAACUGCUGGAAAAAACCAAAAACACGUCGGUGCUGCCGAUCCACAGCCUGUACUGACCACAGCCAGGACUCUUACUGUGAAAGGAACCAUUUUAUUCUGAAAGAUUAUUUAUGUAAAUGCAGCAAUAAAGUAGAAACAGACUGUCAGGGAAUAGCUUCCGGCUAGGUCGUAAAGGUCAUGAACUCCAGUCUGUUCAGCCAACUGAGCGUUUGUUUGAACUUUGCAGACUUUGAGGUCCGUCCUCCAGCUCGUGGCCCAGAUCAGACGGACCUGAAUUAUUUGACCUUGUUCUGUUGUAAAGUUGCGUUUUAAUAACCUGCUUCACUGUCUGAUUCACUUUAAUGUUGUUUUAUUCCACCACAGAAGAGCUGCAGCCAACAAAGUUCUGCUGUUUUAUCCACGACACCGCCCGGUAACUGUUAGAUGUAGCACAGAAAUGUGUCGCUUCAAUUUAAACAGCUUUUAAAUGUGCAGUAACUAAAGUGCAGUCCUGUGCAUUGCUGAUGUGUUCUGACAUGAUAUUAUUGUACUGACGAUGAACACGGUGGCAUGUGAAGGUUUGGUUGAACUUUUGUGAGCAGCUCAGUGAGUAAAAAAUCUCCAAAAUCAAA